GGUAUAUAAGGCAGAGGUUCAUUGAUAAAUCGAGAUCAGUCUGAGCGAAUGUUGGAGAGAACCUGUUGUAGUUUGUUUCUUGAUUUUAGUCUGGACUAGCUUGUGAGCUACCUCCAGCACGUGAUCUUGUCUUACUUGUCGUCUGAUCGGUGUGACUUGUCAAACUUCCGUUAUGAUUAUGGACGGAUUGGAUACUCUUUCACAGGUCGCCCUGGCCAGUGACCAAAUGAAUUUGAGCUUCGACACCUAUCACCCGCCUUCUCAGGCGCUCAGUACAACUGGAUCCAUGGGCCGACAACUGUUCGAGUCCGUAGAGGACACUUUAAACACACCAGUGACUACCAAUUCGGAGACAACUUUCUUCGGAGCGGAUACAUUCGGACCUCUACCUAUUACAGCCACUGCAAAUAUCGAGGCUUCUAUCACGAUCCCAGAAAAGUCCAGCUUCGAGGGUAUGCAACCCGUGAAAUCACAAUGCCAACAGCAACAAGGUUACAAGAUUUCCUACACGGGGACCCUGGUGACCACGGCCGCUACCCCCACCUCAUCGUCCGGCGAUGCCAGCCUCCCGCCCAUCAACCCAGCUCUGUUCACCCCUCUGUCCCCUCUUCUCAGCAUCAUCUCUCAAGCUGCCCAAGUCUCCGUUGUUAACCCUUCCAGCACACAGACCACCUUCAGUACCAUGUCACCAAUGCAGUGCCGGCAGCCAACCCCCACCUACAGCCCUGCCCCGUCUACACCGCAGUCACAGCAGUCCCCACCCCACCCGAGCCAACAACUCAGUUGUGGCCGGCAGGACUCGGACCAGUAUUCGGCGGCGGACUUCGGGUCCCCUUUGGCCGGUAGCUGCUCAUCUCACUCUACCCCGGAACCCCAGAUGACGAUCGCUGACAGCCCGAUGGAUGUUCCAGAGUCUAUGUCGUUUUCCUCACCACCACCGCCCUACACACGCUCCAUAUCCUUCGAAAACUCGAUGUCAAACUUUGCCAUGAAGCAACCCCCCACCUACAGUAGCUGUGCCCAACAGAGCACGAGUGUCAGCUUUCCAGGCUCCAGUUGUGUGACUGUCAGUCAGCCCUGUUCCGUGGCUCAGACUGUCAACACAGAUGAUUUGUACAGCAAGGCUUAUUGUUACAAAUGGGCCUCACAACAAUCCCCCCAGGGUCAGUUGCCGGACUUUGCCGCUUUACAAGUGAGCGCGGCCCAGGGCCAGUUUACGCCCUCUCAGACCAUUAAAACUGAGCCUAUCUCGGACCCACUCGCUGAGACACUGCUUCUUGCCACAUCAGACUUUGUCACAUCCUCAACCAGUGCGUCGAAGACUCUUGAUACUGUGUUAAAUCAGCCUUAUCAACAAGUGUCAGGUGCUAUGAAACUGUUGCCCCUUAAGCCCCGAAAGUACCCCAACAGGCCUAGUAAGACCCCACCUCACGAGAGGCCGUACCCAUGCCCAGUUGAGAACUGUGACAGGCGUUUUUCUCGCAGUGACGAACUUACGCGACACAUUCGUAUUCAUACAGGCCAGAAGCCAUUCCAGUGUCGGAUCUGUAUGAGGUCUUUCAGCAGGAGCGACCACCUCACCACACACAUUCGUACUCACACAGGCGAAAAGCCGUUCUCUUGUGACAUUUGUGGGCGUAAGUUUGCCCGAAGUGACGAAAAGAAGCGCCACAGUAAAGUACAUUUGAAGCAGAAGAUGAAAAAAGACGCCAAAAUGUUGGCGGCUAGUGCUCCCCUGCCUUCUUCGUCCAGCACCUCGGGAUCUGUGCCCGCUGACCUAUUGGAAUCAGUAUGUGCCAGUGCAGUCAGUUCUCUGCCACUGCCGGUCACGACAGCGUCAUUAUAAACUUACACAUCCAUCUAUUAUUAUUCAUUCUAUAUACUGACUUUCUGUCAAACAUUUCCUGUCUUACCGCUGUGCACUACAGCUGUAGUUGUGAUAAAAUCACCCAUUUACAAGAAACUUACCAGUGUACCUACGUGCUGAUUCGUUCAUUGAUCCGCAGUCAUUAAAAUUGGUGUCGCCGUGCGUGAAGUACUGCUGUAUAACUAAUCUGUCUCGAAGAGUCUGCAUGGUGUGAGGUGAAAGCGUUUAGCGAUGCGCUGUACAAACGUUCGCUUUUGUAUUAUUCAUGUAGUGUUUAUAUACUGCACAUUGUUACAGCCUAAAUUCGCUAUUAUCACAAAUGGCUUUAGAUAUCGUGCAUGGUUUCAUAAAAGAAAAGCAAAGAAAAUUUUAUAUAUCUCGGUGACGUACAUUUUUAAAAGAUGUCUUUUUAUUUUAUUUUAUUUAAUUCUACGUAUAUUUUUUUCAUAAGUCGAUUGAUUCGAUGGCCAUAACAAAGUGUUGUCAACCCCGCAGUUUUGAGUGUUUGAAGUACGAUGCAUAAUUGUUUUGUAUUAUGUAUAGAUGUGUACAUAAAUGUCCUGAGUUUUUUUUCUUGUGACUCCAUUGUAAAUGUGACAGUAUAUGUGACCGGUGCACAUUGGUUAUUGUCCUUUUGACGUAUUUUCACUCACUCAAGCUGCCUUAUCAGUUGUCAUACUUCAUAUUUCAUUGACAUAAAAUUGUCUCGUGCCAUGCACGUGUUUAUUAGUGUAUCCCAGAGCGCUCUGCAACUUGGGUUUACAGUUAGAAUUCGUCAUAUUGACGUCGUUCAAGUUCAUUUUGUUGUCCCGCCUGUGUUCGUGCUAGUAUCAGUCGCGUUACUUGUUACCUGGGCAGAAAAUAUCACCUUUUAUUUUUCUACACAGUACUUUAUGAAAUUUCUAUACGUUAAUGUUGACGCUGUUGUAUUGAAGGUAAACGAUAUACGCGAGUUCCUGUUAUUGUGUAUGUUAAGAGCAUAUAUAUUUGUGAAGCCCGUAGGCCUGGUUGUCUGUACUUUAUGGGCGAUUCUGUUGUUCAGUUUAUAUAUAAUAUCCAGCACAAAUUUUUGCCAUUAUUUUGUUUACAUGUGUACCAUGUUCAGAUGCUAUCCAGUUGUUCUCCCAUAGUACAAGCCCUAUCUAUCUAUCCAUCU